CCACCAUCCAUUCGUUCAGAACACGCGUAUCCGUCACCAGACCACAGAGAGGGAGGGGGCACCCGUAGCUGCCUGGCUGUUUGCCGCCCCUUCACCACGUGCGUGCGUGUGUCGGGGUUUCACGGUAUGUCAUCAGCAAACAGCGGUCAGACAUGCCACCGGUGCCUUCCUCUCCCUCUCGUUGUGUCUUUCUUGUCAUGUGUCUGUCCAUAUGUACGUAUGCACAUGUGUCCCCACUCCCCCACCCAAUCAGUCACCCACCACACGUACAGUCGUGGUGGUACCUAUUCACAGUCUGUCUCUCUGUCUGUCUGUCUGUCUGUCUGUACUGCCGUUGUGUCUGUCUUCUCUCGAUUUGUCUCUUCGUUCGUCUGUAUCUAUGUUCGUGUCUAUGUCUGUUCUGUCACUCACUGGCCUUUGCCGCCUGGCUUCCUGCCCUUUUCGGAUUCUGGGCUGAAUCCACUCCCCAUGAACUGCUGCAAAGAUAGGCGUCGGCCCCUCAUGCCGCGGAAGCGUGCCACCCUUCCCACCUCCUGCUCCUUAUCCCCGUCCUUAUCGCCGUCCUGCGCCCCCUCAUCCAUACCCUCCGUCUGCCCGCCGUCCUUAUACCGCAGCGUCUUGCUGCGCCGCUUCCCCUCCCCCUGCCCCAGCCCCUCGCCGGCCACCGCUCCUCCCCCCUCCUUGAGCUCCCUCUCCCGCUCUCGCUGCUGUCGGAAGCGCGCCUCCAAGGCCUCCUUCUCGCGCACCUUGGCCAGUAGGCCUCCUCUCGCUGGGGAUCAUGUCGUGAAUAUCCGUCGCAGUGGCCGAGAGUGGAGCUCAGGAGGGUGGCGGGGGCGUCGGCGAGGGCCAGGCCGGCGGAUGUGGUCUUGAUCUUGCUGCGCGUAGUGGGAUCCGCGACAUCGUCUGGGUGCAGCAGACAGGAGAGCAGAGGAGAAGAGAACGGUAGUAUAUGGGGGUGGGGGUGGAGUAGGCUAGGCUUACGAGUGUGCAGGGAGAGUUUCUCUGGUGAGGGUGGGGGCGACUCCCAAUCCACAUCGUCCUCGUACCAAUCCACGCUGUCACGUUGCACUGCAGCCCAUUCCCAACAAGAUGCAUGCCAUCUCAUCUGCUGGCUGUGCAGUGCAGGGGUCUGGUCUGGUCUCGUUGCGUUGCUUACUGCUCUUCUUCUCGACACGAGCACGGAUCUCCUCUACUACCUGCGUGCAUCAUACAUACAUACAUGUGUCCGUGGUCUGUGGUGGGUAUGGGUCGGUCGGUCGGUGGGGUGGGGGUGGGUGGGGGUGAGAGUGGGUCGGGUCACGUCACGUCACGUACCUCCUUACGGCGCCACACAGUCUUCUUGCCCUGCAGAGCAGAAAGAAAAGCAAAGACCACCAUCAACCACAACCACAACCACAACCACACAAACAGCUGUGCACGUGUACUGUGAGUGUGGGUGUGAGUUUGUCGAUCGGCUCACCUCAGUCGGGAGGUGCGAUUUCGCCUUUGGCUUGAUGGUAUGCUUGGGUCUGGCCGGCUGGAAGGGGCGCUGCCAUGCACAACCGUGUGUGCGUGUGUGUUUGUGCGUUUGCGUGCAUACCAUCUUAGAAGUGGUCGAUGGAGUUUGCGUAGUGUCGGUGUCAUCGGCUUGAGCCACCUCGUCACGGCGCACCUGCAAGCAGGGUGUUCGGGACAAUUUAUGUGUGUGUUGGGUUGGGCUUGGAUUUGUCUGUGCUGGACUGACGUACCCUUGCCCCCCCGGCCCCCUGCCCCUGCUGCACGCUCAACUUAUCCUCCUCCAACACAGACUGCACCCAUAACAUACAUGCCACACACACACACACACACACAGCGAGAUGGAUGGAUGGACGGAUGUGUGUGCACUUGGCGGACGUUCUGACUGCCACCCGCAACACCUCCUGAAGGAAGGACAAGAGAGCAAACAAAACACACACGUGUGGUGGCGUGGCGUGGCGUGUGUCUGUGCUAUGUUUGUCAUGUCCCUGGCUCACCCACCUGCCGACUCGUCGUGUGUCAACUUGGCGCCUCCCUGAACACACACGCAACACAUAGAUACAUCCACACAGUGCAUACUAGUGCCUGACGUGACGUGACGUGACGUGACGUGACGUGACCGACGGACGGACGUACUUGGCCCGGCGCAGGUGGGGGUGAGGGGGACACAGCGGGGGCAGGCUGACUCGAACGCACGACGGGGGACUUGUUGCCAGGGUUCUCAUUGAUGUCCAUACCCUCCAGCCGACCCGAGACCAGCACAUCGUCACCGCCACUGCCAAAACCGCCAAACUGCUGAGGGAGGGAGGGAAGCAUCCAUCCAUCCAUCCAUCCAUCUGUGUGUGUCGUGCGGCGCGGUACGGUGUGUUCUGUUGUGUUGUGUUGUGGUUCUUCUUGUGUGUCUGUCACCUUAGUUCCCUGGCCGUGUGUGCAUUUGGGUGAGGGGGGGUGGAGGGGGGUGGGGUUCAUCUCAGCCUCGUGUGAUGAGGUCCGUGCACCGGUCUGGGCAGGGCGAGCCUCGACGCUGCUGCUGCGGCCAGUGCGAUUGGGAUCAUUGAGAUACGUUUGCUGCAGCCAAGGACAACACCGACAAGCGAGUGGGUUCUGUGUGGGAGACAUGUGUUCGCCAGUCAUGGCAGAUACGUACCGAGUAGUUUGCCACACUGUCAGGGCGCCUGUUACGAUCUGCGGAACCUCCACCACCACGUGACACGUGCUGAUGUGAACAACACCGCACCCGCUGAUCUCUCUAUCGCGUUUGGCUGUUUGGGCAGCUGUGCAGUGCCUUCCCUCCAUAGGAUACCUACCGAUGAGUGCCUCCCGCCCCUGCCUGUUCCGCCUGCUUUCUUGACCGGCGGGGUCUUGGGAGCCAUGCUUAGAACAAAGGAGAUAGAGAUGCCAUGCGGGGCGACUCAAAACUCGAAGGAAAUUCACCCCUCACCCCUCUCACGAACGACCGUCACG